GUGCCUGCUCUCCGUUUAUGUUCGCCUUCGACAUUCGGUUGUUGCGUGAUUUCUAGUUGAGUUACACAGUUGUGGCCAGUGUAUCCGUGGUAGUGUCUGGUUUAUUUUCGGAAGAUUGUGAAACUGAAGCCAAGCUUUCGGUUUUGAAGUCCAGCUGCAUUGAUUGUGGUAGCAGUUUAGCAUUUUGCCCCUUAUUCAGGAAUACACCAUGGAGGGUAAAAAAAUGAAUCCCGAGGCAGUUUCGCAUUUAGAGCAUAUUUGCUCCCUCGAUAUUGACUCGAAAACGCCAUUCGUUCGUCUGUCGGGUAUUAUCUGUACGAUUGGACCGGCCUCGGUUUCGCCUGAAAUGCUCGAGAAAAUGAUGGCUACCGGCAUGAACAUUGCUCGGCUAAACUUUUCGCACGGUUCUCACGAAUAUCACGCCAAUACAAUCAAGAACAUCCGCGAAGCUGUCGACAACUACUCGAAGAAACUGGGCAAACCGUUCCCAUUGGCUAUUGCCCUCGACACGAAGGGGCCAGAAAUCCGUACCGGUUUAAUCGAGGGCAGCGGCACCGGAGAAGUCGAGCUGAAAAAGGGCGAAAAGAUUCAGCUGACAACGGACAAGGAGCACUUGGAGAAAGGCACUAAGGAUAAAAUCUACGUUGAUUAUGUGAACAUCGUGAAGGUUGUCAAACCUGGCGAUCAUGUGUUCGUCGAUGAUGGUCUCAUUUCGUUGGUGGUGGAAAGUAUUUCUGGCGAUACGCUUACCUGUACCGUGGAAAACGGUGGCAUGUUGGGCUCGCGCAAGGGCGUAAACCUCCCAGGCGUGCCGGUGGAUCUCCCGGCUGUGUCGGAAAAGGACAAGUCGGAUCUGGCGUUUGGUGUGGAGCAAGGAGUGGACGUCAUCUUUGCAUCCUUCAUCCGUAACGCUGCUGCGCUAAAGGAAAUCCGUACUAUUCUUGGUGAGAAGGGAAAACACAUCAAGAUUAUUUCAAAGAUUGAAAACCAGCAGGGUAUGCAAAAUCUGGACAAGAUUAUUGAAGCAACCGACGGCAUUAUGGUUGCUCGUGGUGAUCUGGGUAUCGAAAUUCCGGCCGAAAAAGUGUUCUUGGCGCAGAAAUCGAUGAUUGCAAGGUGUAACCGUGCCGGAAAGCCGGUAAUCUGCGCCACUCAGAUGCUGGAAUCUAUGAUUAAGAAGCCCCGUCCGACUCGUGCUGAAAUUUCGGACGUUGCUAAUGCCAUCAUCGACGGUGCGGAUUGUGUAAUGCUUUCGGGUGAGACCGCCAAGGGCGAAUACCCGCUUGAGUGCGUGCUGACGAUGGCUAAGACAUGCAAGGAAGCGGAAGCUGCCUUGUGGCAUCGUAAUCUCUUCAAGGAUCUGGUCGACACGACGCCAACACCACUCGACACGGCAGCUUCGAUCGCAAUUGCCGGUGCCGAGGCCUCGAUUAAGAGUCGUGCCGCCGCUAUCAUCGUCAUUACCACCUCUGGCCGUUCGGCGCACUUGAUCUCCAAGUAUCGACCACGUUGCCCUAUUAUUGCUGUAACGCGUUUCGCGCAAACCGCACGUCAGUGCCAUCUGUACCGAGGCAUUUUGCCCGUCAUCUAUGAGCAACCUGCUAUGGAAGAUUGGCUGAAGGAUGUUGAUGCCCGCGUACAGUACGGUAUCGAGUUUGGCAAGGAACGUGGAUUCCUGAAGCCGGGCAAUCCAAUCGUAGUUGUUACAGGCUGGAAACAGGGCUCUGGAUUUACCAACACCAUCCGUGUGAUCAAUGUUGAAUAAACACAAUUCUAAACGUAACACCAGUGCGUCAUAAACGGGGUUGGUAAACGGAUCCAAUUUCCCAUUACAGUGUCUAAAACUGUUGUUGGAAUGUGUUAAAAUAGCAAUUCAUUUAAAACUAAAAAUCUACAGCUCCCAUUUUACAAAUAACACACUCAUACACACUUCCCGAGACAUACAAUGUCCUUUUUUUAUCGUUCCUUACGUACAUGCGGUUUAUUUAUUAUAAACUAAAAUUUUAAAUUAUUAUCCGUAUCGUGCAAUGUGCGUUAAUUGCCUAGCAGCAUCAGCGAUAGCAAAUGCUGCUAAGUAACGACAUGAGCAUUGCCUUUAGCACAUGAUUUUUUGUCACUAAGGGGUGAAAUGAAACAGGUCAAAAUAAUAAAAAAAGUUUAGGUUUUCGACGGAACAGAUAGCAGAGACAUUAGGAAAUGCAAAACACAACUAUACAUAAGCUCCAUCAUGUGUUGCACUAAUAUUCACAUACCAAUAAUUAUCAUUCAACAUAAGCGUUGCUGAGUAAUAGUUACAUUGAAAAUGGCAAAUAAAAACUGUGAAACUUAAAA